ACCACCCUAAUACUAAAUAGAGCUGCAUUGCAUAUACUGCACGUUACCUUGAUCUUCCUUCCCACAUAUACAUAUUAAUUCUCCCAUUUCGUAAUGCCCAGCUAAGUACUCAUAACCCUCAUCUAGGUAGACAGGCUAGGAUCAAUACAAAGCUUCCAGUUAGAAGAGAUUUGAGACAACUGUCAAGCCACUCGACCAUUCCCCCGCCGACACAUCGCUCCGUCAUACAGUUUAAACCCGGCUCACAGUACGGGCUGAGUACGGGGUACUAAGUAGCACCCAGGUUUCCAAGUUUAGGAGAUUGUACAAUACGUCGUUGGUGUUGUAUUGUAUGUACAACCAUCCAAGGAUAUUUGCGCGAUACUACUUACCACGCCACAAUAUCCAAGUCCACAUCCAUCCUCUCCUCAUACCCAACCUACCGUUCUAACACACCCCCCCCCCCCAAUUACCCCCAACAUCCCCCAAAUCCUGACCUCCGAGAUCUUAUCCCCGGAGACCCCUCCCCCAUAAACCCCCAGCCCGCCUAGCUGUACACCGAACGUAGACGCCUACGCCCACACCCACGCCCAUUCGGGCAGCUGAAACACUUCUGGCUGACAGAAUAAGCAAUUAUUAUAUGGUAUUAUGGCUAAGGAGACGGACAAUUCUACCGCAAAUACCGCCCAAUCAAAACGACCAGCCGUCAACCGCCAUGACAGCGAUUCCCACCGAUCCAAGGCCCAGAAACACGUCGUAGGCGGAGGAGCUGGCCCACGUUUCCAUGCUCGCGCACCGUCCUCCAAGGCCUUACAGAAGCAUCAUUCAACCACCAACACAACUAAGCUGACACGACGACUCCCUUCCCCCUCCCCCGAACGUACACCUAUGGUGGUCGCCGAAUCACACCGCCGUACCGCUUCAGACGUAAAGCUGCAGCGGGAUUCGUCCCCGCCUAACCUUAAGGAUAACUCUUCCCAGUCGAGUCUAAAGCGCAAUCGUUCCCAUGCCGAAAUAGCGAAGCGGCCCAAAUCAAACACGAAUAUCAAGCGAUCUUCGUCUCACAAAGAGGUCAACAAGCUAAAAGGCGCAAAAGGUCAGGUUCAUUUCGAUCUCGGUAGCGACCAAGAAGACGAGUGGGUUGACGCAAGCGCAUCUGCCUCUCCUUACCUAUCCAGACGCGGCUCCGCUGUUAGUAGUGAACCUGCUUCAGCGAAGGCGGCGCAGAGUCGGGAGAACUCGCGACCCCAAACCCCCUACGAAGAACCGUCGGCCCCCAAACAAGAAUCUUCACCUAAUCGCGAAACCGCGCAGCACAACCAAUAUUUAACAUCCCGUCUAUUGCAACGUACGCCUUCUAGCGGCGCACCACCCCAGAUGACUACUGAGACAGUAUCUGUACGUCACAAUUCGGGCUCUCCCGAAUCCCAAGCGAGCCGUGGCCCGUCAAGUCUAUUCGGAACCCCCGGGAAUGGUGCUCUGGUAGGCAGUGGACAAGAAGACCUCACUUCUCGUUUUGUCAAUGGCCCUAGCUCCGGGGGCAUACCCGACAGCGUUUCGUAUUACAACCCCGCGCGCGCGCAAACCCAACGCGGCGAGGUUGUACGGCGGCCUCAAUCGCUUAGUAACUUGAACCAAAAUUAUCGUAGUUCAAUAAGCGAUGACGAAAGUGACAGCGCCUUAGCGCCUCGAACAAGAAGAUCAGUGUACAGAGCCGCGCCCGCGGAAAAGUCGCGAACACAGCAAAAAUUGAACCUCCAACGUGCGAGCUCGUCCAUCGAACCGGCCCAACCAGUCGGUGGGGUCGGAGUCGUGGGUGUGAGCCCCUUGGUUGGUGGCAGUGGCUAUGAUAAUAGGGAUCCGCGUAUAGGCAAAUUACUUGAGCGUACAGGCAUGGAAUAUCUCGUAGUCCGACGAUACCAAAACCCCAUAGCUCGUUCGAUAGCAAGGCUGUCGCAGCUGUCUGUCGCAAAUAAGAACCGACACAUACCUGCCCAGAAUGGAAAUAGCAAUAUGGCGAAUGGGAAAAGGACGUCGGCAUUGGGCAAUGCAGGCCGCCCCGGCUUAAGCCGAAGCCUUACAGACCGGACAAGGUCUAGACCUACGACGCCACGGAAAGAGAUGUCUAUACGAGCCAACGGCGCAAAUUCCAGCUUCGAUGGCGUGGAUGGAAGGCACCACGACCGGCUGAAUGGGACUAGCUACGUAGAUGAGGAGGACAGCAGCAUUGCCGCAAUCCUCCGCAAUCUCUGGGAUAAGAAUACGGAUCUCAGUGCAAGUCAGGACUAAGUUGGGAUUUUUGUUGGGAGGCGUUAUGAUUUGGGCAUAAUCUCGAGUGGGCUGGGAACUCGAGAGGGCCAUUGACACAUUAGCGAUACAGGUAGAUGAAGGUGCUUUGUUUUUGUAAUUGUAAUGUUUGUAUUCACUCAUUACUUGUAUAAUACUGGGUCGACUGGACUAUAUUCUUUCAUGUCCGCGGUGUAUCUACCUACGCAGUGCUUUGGGUGUUGGUGGUAGGUUUUCAUGUUUACGACCGUGAAAUAUGUCCAUGUCUGGUAAUAGAAGGGGAAAGUAAAAGAAGAGCAUCUACGGAAAUCCGAACAAGUCCUCCGUCACUGUGGCUUACCUCCCUGCAUG